UACCUGCAGGCAUACCGGCAGCUGUUGUAGCUAGCUACUCCAGCUAUAUCAUUGAUACAUAUAAUAAAUUAAAAAAAGAUAAUUAAACAAUGGAACACCAGAAGGCAGCUGCAGAAAUGAACGGAGUUUGCAAUGGGAACACUGUAGCAGAAUACAACUGCCACAAAGUGCUAAGUGAAGAAGCCAUGACACAGUCGGAGAAAGCGGCAGUGUACAACUGUCACGGGACGUCCCGUAAGGAGAGUGAAGACGAGUUCAAACUACCAGCCCUGGAAGCGGCGUACAACACCAUUCUGAAGGGGCUCGGGGAGAACACAGACCGGCAGGGGCUGCUCCUGACACCCCGGAGAGCGGCCAAAGCCAUGCAGUUUCUAAUCAAAGGCUACCACGAAACCAUCUACGAUAUCCUUAAUGGUGCCAUUUUCGAUGAAGACCAUGAUGAAAUGGUGAUUGUGAAGGACAUUGAUAUGUUCUCAAUGUGCGAGCAUCACCUGGUGCCGUUCUUUGGCAAGGUUCACAUAGGAUAUCUCCCAAACAAAAGGAUUGUUGGACUGAGCAAGCUGGCAAGGAUUGUUGAAAUCUUCAGCCACAGACUUCAAGUUCAAGAACGACUAACGAAGCAGAUAGCAUUAGCGAUCACAGAGGCUCUGAACCCAGCAGGAGUAGCGGUAGUUAUUGAGGCUGCUCACAUGUGCAUGGUGCUGAGAGGUGUGCAGAAGAUCAACAGCCAGACCAUCACCAGCACCAUGCUGGGGGUGUUCAGAGGGGACCCCAAGACUCGGGAGGAGUUCCUCUUGCUGGUGAGGAGCUGAGCCACCCAUACCCUUCCUCGAACCAGUACCCCCAGAGCACUCAGGAAACAGGAGCCCUUGCUGCUCAUACCUGUCAUAACAAAACCUAAACAUAGCAAUAACAUUGUGAAAUCAUAUGAAAAUACUAUAUAGACAUGUAUCCC